CCAAUCAUUUCCGAGGCCGGGGUCUCUUCAUCCAUUCAAAACGUGUUCAGCUCCAAAAAAAGGGCGGGUCUUUUACUCGUCACUCACGUCUUCUUCUUCUUCUUCGGUGCAACUGAGUUUAACUUCCGGCUGCAUCGUCCUCUGGAAAUUACAACCAUGGGCAGUGUUUUGGCUGCCAGUUCCCCCAACCCUCCACCACCGGCCGCUGGCGGUGCCGCUGCCCCCGGGUUGACGGUGCCGCCGGGCUUCGGGAUGCCCCAGGUCUCCCCAGUUAUACCCCCGACCGGGGCGGCCUCGGGGCAGGAGGCGGAAACCCCUUUGCCUAACCCAGGAGCGUUCGACGAGUGUCAUCGCAAGUGCAAAGAGGUUUUCCCUAUGCAGAUGGAAGGCGUGAGGGUAGUUGUCAACAAAGGCCUUAGCAACCACUUCCAGGUGAAUCACACUGUGCUACUGAGCACCACGGGCGACUCCACCUACAGGUUUGGUGCCACGUACGUAGGAUCAAAGCAGACGGGUCCGGCAGAGCUUUUUCCAGUCAUAGUGGGAGACAUGGACAACAGUGGCAGCCUCAACGCCCAGAUCAUCCACCAGAUCACCAACAGAAUACGAUCCAAAGUGGCCUUCCAGACGCAGCAGAACAAGUUCGUGAACUGGCAAGGCGACGCCGAGAUAAGGGGAGAAGAUUAUACCGCAACUGUUACACUUGGAAACCCAGAUGUCCUCGUUGGCUCUGGUAUUGUUGUGACACACUACCUCCAGUCCAUAACGCCCGCUCUGGCUCUGGGAGGGGAGCUGGUUUACCACCGGAGGCCGGGAGAGGAGGGCGCAGUCAUGUCCUUAGUUGGCAGAUACACAGGCAAUAACUACAUCGCCACGUUGACACUCGGCUCAGCAGGAGCUCAUGCUUCAUACUACCACAAGGCCAAUGACCAGUUGCAGGUCGGUGUGGAGUUUGAGGCGAGCACCCGCAUGCAAGACACCAGUGUGUCGUUUGGUUACCAGUUAGAUGUGCCCAAAGCCAAUUUACUUUUUAAAGGUUCAGUAGACAGUAACUGGAUAGUUGGCGCAACAUUAGAAAAGAAGUUACUCCCUCUGCCGCUCUCUCUGGUCCUAUGCUCUUUCCUCAACCACCGCAAGAACAAGUUCCAGUGUGGCUUCGGCGUCACCAUCGGUUAGGCGUACCGGGCGGCUGUCGACCUGCAGACUGGACUUCACUGAACCGACAGACUCACUGUGGACAGACAGACUAUGCCAUCAUGUGCUGUAUCACCUCCCACCGUCUCCGACCUCUUUAACAGAUUUGGCCAUAAUCGUGUAAUUGCUUUUCCUCCAUCAUGUUUUAUCAGAUAUGCUGAGUAGAAACACUGAAAGGUUAUAAUAUAAAGCUAAUGACAAUUAAUCCUCGAAUUGCCUGAAUGACCAGAAGUGUAACAAAAGAAUGUGAUUGGUCAGGAAUUUGACUGCAGACACACAAACGAGUUAACACAUUAAGAAGACGUUGCCGAAUUACAGACUCUUUGUAUUUGUCACUGACUUCAGUGCCUGUUGUGUUUGUUUUGAAUUUUAUUCUUUUUUUACCGUAAAGUCUGUCUUGCCGUGCUGUGAAUGAAAUCAGUCGUCUGCUUGUUUAGAGGUGAUUUUUUUUUGGGGGGGGGGGGUUACAGACGAAUUUUGUAGCUGCCAGGAGGAGUGUGCUGUGCUGUACUGUAUGUCACGUUCACAAUCCAUCCCUUGUUCUGUUGCAUUUUUUACGUUGCGUACAUUUGGAACAGUAUAUAUAUGACCUGUAUAUACCUCUUGGAAACUGAUAAAUACCAUUUCUUACAAA